CUCUGUUUAAUCUAAAGGAACAAAUUCUUCAAGGUUAGUGAGAGACAAUGAGGAGGAGGAGGCUGUGCACGAAUGGUUAAAGUAACAGAGACGUGCCAAAGCCAAUGAUACUUUUGUGGCCCACUGAGGAGCUCCAAAAUUUAUUGUAUUUUUUAAUAUAUUCAGAUAUUGCCAGAUACGCAGGAGUCAAACUCAGCAGCAGGCAUGUAUGGCUCUUUCUCGUGGAUCUGGUCUACGCAGUCCAACCACCUAAGUCAGGGGACCUACUGAAGCAGGCUGUGAUUCCCUCUGACCUUUGAUUCUCGUCUUUUUCUUACAAGAAAGCAGGGUAGAGAUGGCGGUGUGUCCUUCCAGCCUGGAUUUGGGAUGUGGUUGGGACAUUUAUGGGAGUUGAGAGCAGGGAAAUGGCCCCAUCCACCUCUGGCUCCCAGGACGUAGCCCCUAGGAUUGCAAACCUUCCCUCACAUCAGCCUCUGCAAGCUCCAGUGUUGGUCCUCUCCAACAUGCUGUACAUGGAACUCACACUAUUUUCAAUCUGUGAAAAUUACUCCAUGAAGUAAAUGCAAUGCAAAAGCUGGAGCAAAUUCUAAAAUGCUUCUAGGUUAUGAGGGGGACUGGACGAACUAGCUCAAGACCAGCUGUCGAUACAGGAAUAUAAAUGUUUUCUCCCCCUUGAUUUGGCCAGACUGGAGAAAAUAUUGCAGUGUUUCCAUCCUCAAGAUGAUGUGGUAGCGUAGUGAUCCUUGCAAGCUGCUUAAAUUCCCUGCCAGCAAAGCAGCUAGGGAAUAUCCCCUAGCAGAGGUAUAAUUAUUGAAAUCCACAGCCUUGCGGGGGCCAAAGAUCUGCUUGCAUUUCUUGAUGGGGGUCUGUUGUAUGAGAGUGGAAAGUGCAAAGCACGGCUAUGGAGAUUAGAUUUUUAAGCAACAUGCCAUAGCUCGAUUAUUUGCACCAAAGAACAUCAGAAGAUACUUGCACAGACAUUUCUUUCAUCGCAAUAAAACACUACCAGUAAUGGAUCUGCAGCAUUGGCAAGGGAGGAGCCAGUUUCCAUGGCACCAUGACAGAGCUCCAUGAAGCCGUGGCUUUGGGGGACUACGACCUGGUGGAUGAGAUUUUGAGGACAGGGCGCUGCGACCCAAAUCACAAGGAUGUCGACUGGCAUGACAGGACCCCGCUGCACUGGGCUGCUGCAAAAGGGCAAUCGGAGCUGGUCAAGCUCCUCGUGGAUCACGGCGCCCGGCACUGCCUGCGGAGCGACGUGGGCUGGACUGCGGCUCACUUCGCUGCCGAGUCGGGGAGACUGGGGGUGCUCCGCACCCUUCAUUCCCUGCACGCUGCCAUGGACGCGGCCGACCUCUUUGGCGACACUCCCAAGAGGCUUGCGGAAAUCUACGGUCACCGAGACUGCUCCAGGUUCUUAGAAAUAGCAGAGGUGGAGAGCAGAAACUAUCGCAGGACAGCUGCAAGGAAAGGAAUCCCCUUAGACCAGAAAGAUGAAGACUGGGAACUCAAGAAAGAAGAGCUUGAGAGAAACCCACCGUGUUCUUGGGAGAACUACGCAUCCUCCGCUCCAAAGAAAAAUCGAAAAAAAAGGGGGAAGCAGGAGCGUGCCCUGCCUAUUUGGUGCCGCCGACAACUCGCAAUGCAGAGCACAGACGCUGGCUGACCUCAGAUGCAUCUGCAGGGUGAAAUACGGAUGAACAGGAGAAGCAGAUGGCCACAAGAAGGCAUCUUUGUGAUGUACUGUAAAUACUGUCAUUAAUAGGAUAGAUGUGCUUCUGUCUGUCUGUGUGUCUAUGUGUAUCAGAUCUCAAAUAUCAGAAAACUGCUGAAGAUGUUUAAAUAUAUUAAUACUCUAAGUCACUGAAAUUUAUAGAUUUACAGAAAUGACAGCAAUUACCCCUAUUGUCUGAGAGGGAAUUGGUUUUGCUCCUAAGUGAUUCACAAAAGCAUCUGGGACUGUGGUUCUGCUCACUCUGGUGAUAUCUGUGGCUUUUGCUUGGUUGGUUCUGGUCCUGAGUCAACCAGGAGGCUCUGUAGGGGCUUGUAGCCUCUGGUGUUGCCUUUCUUUUCUUUGGGAGUGGGGUGUAGUUGCUUCUUCUGGCUGAAGGGGAGACAUUGAUGUUGACCUUUUACAGGACACAUGGGUCUAACAGCCUGUAUCUACCAUUGCUGGCCCAGCAGAAGGGAAAACAUGCUUCCUUGUUACUGCUUUCAGACAUCCGUGGCUGCCAAGACAGUUAGAGUACUACCUUAUUUUUAGCAGUGCCCCCAGCCAUUUUUAUGUCCAUGCUCAUAGGAAUGCUGUGGAACCACUCCUGAGCUAUCCCUCUGCUCAUCAGCACUUUCCAUGGCAAAAGCAUUUUUAACCGUUUCACUCCUCAAUCACAAAAAAUGUGAAUUUGA